CAAUCACAACGACGGCGGAGAACGUUUCUCUCACAUAAAAUCAGGUUGGGGUAUUUAUGUCAUUUUCUCCUCUCAAACACCUAUCCAUCUCUAUCUCUCUACAUCCAGACCUCCUUCACUCUCUCUGUAAAUGCAGAGGCCCCUCUCUUCCUCACCUCUCCCACCACCAUUUUCUCUCUGCUGAUCUCUUAUCUCCACUCUCUCUCUAGAUCUCCUCCCAUGAGGGAGCCUCGAAACCUCUCUCUACUCCCCUGAUCCGCCCUCCAGCCUCUCCACCCUACCCACCCACCUCUAGACCUCCCCCCAAAUGGACCUCUUUCUUAAACUCCCUUUCCUCCUCCUCCUCCUUUCAUCCCUUUUCAUGCAACCAAUCUCCCCCCUUGAAUUCCUCUUCGAUGGCUUCAACUCCUUGAACCUCUUGUUAUCAGGCGAUUCUCAGCUCGUUUCGGGCCGCCUUGUCCUGACGAACGAUACCACCUUCUCCAUAGGUCACGCCUUUUACCCUCUCCCUCUAACCUCUCGCCCCUUUGUCUCUCCUUUCUCCACUUCUUUCAUCUUCUCCAUUGCCCCAUAUAAAGAUCUCUUACCAGGCCAUGGCUUUGCUCUCUUUUUUGCUCCAACCACUGCUUUGUUACCCACUUCGCCAGCGCAACACUUGGGCCUCUUCAAUAGAACCUCUAAUGGCUCCCCUCAAAAUCACAUCUUCGCCGUCGAAUUCGACACGUUCGAAAAUGCAGAGUUUGCGGAUAUUGAUGAUAACCAUGUCGGUGUUGAUGUUAAUAGUCUCAGUUCAGUGGCUUCCUACCCUGCUGGUAGAUGGGAUUCAGGGAGAUUUCAAGGCAUGAAUUUGAAUAGUGGUGAGAAUUUCCAAGCCUGGGUUGAUUAUUACUUUGUUGGGGGUAACAAUUUAAUGCCUAGAUUGAAUGUUUCCAUGGCUUUGGCAGGACAGAGAAAACCUGAUAGGCCUUCGAUCUCCCUUGAGUUGAAUUUAACAAGUGUUUUUAAGGAGGAGGCUUAUGUUGGGUUCUCUGCUGCAACAGGGCAGAGGGUGGAGGGUCAUAGGAUAUUGGGGUGGAGUUUUAGUGAGAGAAACUUCUCUCUAAGUGAAGGGUUGGUCACUACUGGUUUGCCUGAUUAUAGGUUGAAGGGAGAGAAUGGGGGGAUUAGGUCUAAGGCCUUCAUAGUGGGGCUCUCAGUUGGGGGAUUGGUGCUCUUUGGGGUGGUAUUGAUAAUGGGGUUGUUGUGGUUUAGAAAGAGGAGAAAGAAAGGGGGAGAAGAAGAGGGUAUUGAGGACUGGGAGAUUGAGUAUUGGCCCCAUAGGGUGCCCUAUCAGGAUAUACUGAGUGCCACAAAAAAUUUCAGUGAGACCCAAUUGGUGGGUAAUGGUGGGAAUUCUAGGGUUUUUAAGGGUGUCCUAGCAGGUUCUAGGGCUGAGGUGGCAAUCAAGUGUGUAAGCCAUGAAUCACAGGAAGGGGUUAGAGAAUUUGCAACUGAGGUCUCAAGCAUAGGGAGGCUAAAGCAUAGGAACUUAGUUGGGUUAAGGGGUUGGUGCAAAAGCCCAAAAGAAUUCAUGUUGAUAUAUGACUACAUGGAGAAUGGGAGCUUAGACAGUAGGAUUUUUGAGGGCAUGGGAGGUGAAGUUAUGGGAUGGGACACUAGGGUUAGGGUUUUGAAAGAUGUGGCAAAUGGGGUCUUGUAUCUUCAUGAAGGUUGGGAAGCCAGGGUUUUACAUAGAGACAUUAAGGCCAGCAAUGUUAUGCUGGACAAAGAUAUGUGUGCAAAGCUAGGUGACUUUGGACUGGUAAGGAUGUAUGAGCAUGGGCAACUAGCACACACCACACGUGUGGUUGGGACUGCCGGAUACAUGGCGCCGGAGGUCGUCAAAAGUGGGAAAGCAUCGGUGAAAACAGAUGUUUUUGGCUUCGGAGUCCUAAUACUAGAGGUGGUUUGUGGGAGGAGGCCUUUGGAGGAUGGGCUUGAGCCGCUGGUCGAGUGGGUUUGGAGUAAGCUUGAGCAGGGCGACCUGAGCGGUGCACUGGACCCUAGGCUUAAUGGCUCGAUCGAAGUGGAUGAGGAAGUGGUCGACAGAUUACUGAGACUGGGUUUGCUCUGUACAUGUCCUGAUCCUAGCACUCGACCGACCAUGAGACAAGUGGUUCGGACUCUCGAGGAUCCCAGAUCCGAAGACCUCGAAGGUGAAUCAAUUGUUUUGAGGCCUGAACCUAAGCUAGGUUCCACCGACCCAGUGUGGUCCCGGAGACCGGGCCCUAGUGGGGACCACCCGACCUUGGGGGACCUGCAAUUGUCCUUAUCGUCGUCCAUGUCGAUAUCGGAUUCGGAUGUCAUAGUAGAUGGCAGAUGACCGGUCGGAUGAAGGUAUUUAUACAUUUGUUUAGGAAACAUUUGUUCAAAUGUAUAUUUUUUUAUAUGUAAUUUGUUGAGAUUUAUUACAAAGAAAACAUUUUUGAUAUAUAAUUGUUGAGAUUUAUUAUAAAAAAAACAUUCUUCGUUUCAAUAAAUGUACAAUUAUUUGUA